AGGUUUUGUUUCUGGAUGAACCAACAUCAGGAAUGGACGUCGAAGCAAGACGCAGUGUUUGGGAUUCCUUGUUGAAUAUUAGACAAGAGCGUACAAUCAUACUGACCACACACUACAUGGAAGAGGCAGAUAUUUUAGGAGAUCGAAUAGCCAUCAUGGCCGAAGGAGAAGUACAGUGCUGUGGAUCACCCAUAUUUUUAAAGAAAAAGUUUGGAACUGGAUAUCAUUUACACAUGGUAAAAAAUCCCGAUUUUAAAGUGGAACAAAUCAAUGAUAUGUUGACAAGGUAUCUUCCAGAAAUAAAAGUAACAAAAGAACUGGAAAACGAAAUCACUUAUAACCUACCAUCCAAUUCUGGAGUUGUUUUGGGAGAAAUGUUCGAAGAACUGGAAAACGGUAAAGAGAAACUUGGUGUAAAUUCUUGUGGAAUUACUGUAACAACAAUGGAAGAUGUCUUUUUAAAGUGAGCUGUAUUUUAUUAUUAUUUGUUUUUUGAA